GUGGCGUUCUCACACCGUUGAUCCUAACAUUAAAAGGUUAAUGAUAUUGAUCUUACGCUUACCGUCGAUCCCCUUUGUUGAAAUCUCGCAGGAAGCCACCAAUUACAAAUACCUCAACUUCCUUCCCGCUUGUCCACUCCGUACAAUGCAUUUGGGCAGCUCCUUCUCCCUCUCAUCGACGAGAACUGCAUAUUUCAGGGCUAGGUGCAGGAGGACCCCACCACCACUACCGGCCUUCUCGGGAUCUCAUCACGCACCACAGCAAACACCUUACAUCUUCACCUCCGCCCUCAACCCCACCCCCACCUACACCACCACCACCAUCUUGACUCGUUCCUACAGCAGCACCACCAAACCUUCAUCCACCAUCCCUUCAGCAGCAGCAUCGGAAGCAGACCAUUUCGACUGGCGCAAAAUGGCCGAACUCAACCGCGAGCACCUUAAGAAGGACCACAAAAAAGUGUUCGAGCACAACCGCGCCUGGGCCGCGCACCAAACCACCCAAGACCCCGACUUCUUCACCAAGCUGUCCGCAGGGCAAAGUCCUGAGUACCUGUGGAUCGGCUGCAGCGAUUCACGCAUCCCCGCGGAGCAAAUCACGGGCAUGUCACCCGGGGAGGCCUUCGUGCACCGAAACAUUGCCAACCUCGUCUGCAACACGGACCUCAAUGUCAUGAGCGUUAUCAAUUAUGCUGUGCGCCACCUCCAGGUGAAGCACAUUGUCAUUUGUGGACACUACGGAUGUGGCGGCGUCAAGGCCGCUAUGACGCCUAAGGAUAUGGGUCUGCUUAAUCCGUGGUUGAGGAAUAUACGUGAUGUGUACCGAUUGCAUGAGGAGGAGCUCGAUGGUAUUCCCGACGGGCCGGAGCGGUAUGACCGGCUGGUCGAGUUGAAUGUCGUGGAGCAGUGUAGGAAUAUCGUCAAGACGGCAGCGAUUCAGCAGUCGUAUGCCCGUAAUGGGUUUCCCAUCGUGCAUGGAUGGGUUUUCGGGUUCAAUGAUGGAUUGCUCAAGGAUUUGGAGGUCGAUUUUGAGUCUAUGCUGCGUAAGGUGCAGAAGAUUUACGACUUGUCUGAGAGCCAUGAGCAUUGAGCAAGCAGGCUUGAAAAGAGGGCUUGGCGGGUUCAGACGCAUUCAGGCCGGCGAACAUGGUGCGACGGAUUAGGAUUUGGGCGAGUAAGCCGGCUUGGCUUGGCGGGAUCGUUGAGGACGGACGAGCAUCCGACCCGGGGUACAAACUGUGGGGGAGGUGGGAACGGAACAGGGGUCAGAGAACGGAUAUGAAUGAAUUUUCUUGUUGAGAAAACUUGUUGAGAAAACGGAAUGAAUAUGUUAUAGAGCGGGUUACACCCAUGGAUUCGGCAAGAGGGGCGUUAAAGAUUGCCAAUCGGAGUCAGUAUGUCGGUUCGUUGGAGUGCGUUCAUUACUCGAGUAUACAUUCACCCUCAGAGCAACUGUAGUUAAUAUGGCUAACAAAACGUCAUUAACGUCUUCGUGCCGCGUCGUAGAAUUCUAAGGCUGGCAUGUCUCACAGUCUUGACUACCUAAAACCAGCUG